AUGCUUCGACUAGCUUUGAGAUUGGUCAACGCUACGUCUUAUAGAGGAGGUCCACGCCACGUCGGUAGAAGAAGCUAUUCCGUAUCCCCAGUUCAGAUGUCCGUGAAGCGCAAACAGGUGACAUUAGAUGCCCUCUUUGGAGGCAGCAAGAAGGUUAAGCCAGAGGCCAAACCAGAAGUCAAGCCAGAAGUCAAGCCAGAGGCCAGGCUAGAAGAUUCCAAUUCCAAGGUUAAGAAUUCUACUCCCACUCCUACUCCUCCUGGUAGCAGUAGCAAUGCAGCUGUUGUCUCGAACAUCCCAUUUGCAGAGCUAUGCGAUACGUUCCAGGCCAUCGAGGAGACGUCAUCGCGACUUGCCAUCACUGCGAUCUGCUCCAAGUUCCUCUACUCGGUGUUGGAACGCGAUGCAAAGUCGUUGGUCCCCGUCACGCUACUUUUCAUCCACAAGUUGGGCCCCGAUUACGAGCCAGGGUUGGAAUUGGGUCUUGGGGAGUCGUUGUUGAUCAAGACCAUCAGCGAAGCGUGCGGCAAGACGACGCAGCAGAUCCGCAACAAGUACCGUGAGAUUGGUGACUUGGGUGAAAUCGCGAUGCAGGCGCGUAACGUGCAGCCUACGAUGUUCAAGCCCAAGCCAUUGACGGUUGGGGAAGUGUUCAACAACUUGGUUGCGAUUGCCAAGGCAAGCGGCAAGGAUUCGCAGUCCAAGAAGUCGUCGUUGAUCAAGAAGAUGUUGACUGCGUGCAAGGGGUUCGAGGCCAAGUUUCUAAUCCGGUCGUUAGAGUCGAAGCUCAGAAUCGGGUUGGCCGAAAAGACUGUCUUAAUUGCAGUGAGCAAAGCGAUUCUAACGCACGAGCACAAGGGCGAGGAGCCCAGCGCCGAUAUGGUUGAGCGUGCCGAAUCCUUGAUCCGGGACGCGUUCUGCCAGAUUCCCAACUACGAGAUAAUCAUUACCACUGCGUUGGAGCACGGGAUCAUGAACCUCGACCAGCACAUCAAGUUGAAACCGGGGAUUCCCUUGCAACCGAUGUUGGCGAAGCCCACGAAAUCGAUCAGCGAGGUGCUCGACCGGUUCCAGGGCACGCGGUUCACGUGUGAGUACAAGUACGACGGGGAGAGAGCCCAGGUGCACCUGCUGAGCGACGGCACGAUGCGCAUCUACUCGCGUAACGGUGAAGACAUGACCGAGAGGUACCCCGAGAUCAACGUGAGCGAUUACAUUAGGAAGGAGGGCAGCGCCGCCGGAGGUGAGUCUACGGCCCCUGUCGUCACAUCCUUCAUCCUCGACAGCGAAGCUGUCGCCUGGGACCAGGAGCAGAACAAGAUCUUGCCCUUCCAGGUGCUCAGCACAAGAAAGCGCAAGGGCGUCGAAUUGAAAGACGUCAAGGUCCGCGUGUGCUUGUUCGCCUUCGACAUCCUCUGCCUAAACGACGAACCGCUCAUCAACAAGUCUCUCUCGGAAAGACGCGACAUCCUACGCGCAACCUUCGACCCAACACCGGGCCAAUUCGUCUUCGCAAACGAAAUCACCACCACAAACCUUGACGAAUUGCAAAAGUACUUGGACCAAUCCGUCAAGGACUCGUGCGAGGGCCUCAUGGUCAAAAUGCUCGACGGCGAGGAGUCCCACUACGAGCCCAGCAAGCGUUCCAGAAACUGGUUGAAGCUCAAGAAAGACUACUUGGACGGUGUCGGCGACUCGCUCGACCUUGUCGUCCUUGGGGCCUACUACGGACGCGGGAAACGUACCGGAACCUACGGUGGCUUCCUCUUGGGCUGCUACAACCAGGAUACCGAGGAAUUCGAGACCUGCUGCAAGAUUGGUACCGGUUUCAGCGACGAAAUGCUACAAACGCUAUACGACAGACUACAACACACUACUGUCGAACACCCGAGUACCAAUGUUAUAUACGACUCGUCUGCUCCAGCAGACGUGUGGUUCGAGCCCAGCAUGCUUUUCGAGGUGCUGACUGCGGAUUUAUCGCUCUCACCCGUUUACAAGGCCGGGUUCGAGGCAUACGGCAAGGGUAUAUCGCUCAGAUUCCCAAGGUUUGUCCGAAUCAGAGAUGACAAGGGUGUCACAGACGCGACUUCUUCGGACCAGGUCAUUGAGUUUUACGAGUCGCAGGCCAGCGUGAGGGGGCAAUAG